CGCAACCUCCAACGAAAUUGUCAAAAUUCUUGGCGAAAUAUUUUGCGAAAACUAUAUUUUGUGCAUUUUCAAAUUAAAUUGGGAAUCAAAGAUGCCAUUAAUUCGUUCUUUCAGCUUCAAUUUGUUCAUUGAAAUUCUUAUCCGCAUUGCAUUGUUAUCCGCUUUUUGCUACAUGGAAAGCAUGAGUCCGUUCGUAAGAGUGGUGCACCGGUCUGAUAUGGAGUCGGAGUACAAGUACCCAAGGAGGGAGUCAUACGUGCCAGGUGGGGCUCUGUGGGUGAUCGUGCUGGCUGUACCCUGCGCCCUGUCCCUGCUGGCGUGGGCUGGCUGUAACGACUGUAAUGAUGCUUUAGAGAUCCUAUUAGCGUGGUCGUUAGCGCUCGGCAUAAAUGGUGUGGUCACGGAUACAGUAAAGUUAAUUGCCGGUCGGCCGCGUCCGGAUUUCUUCUACCGGUGUUACCCGGAUGGAAUUGAAACGGAUGAUCUCCAGUGUACAGGCGACCCUGACGACAUUAUGGAAGGCAGGAAGUCCUUCCCCAGUGGUCAUAGCAGUUUGUCGUUCUGCUCGCUGGGCGUGGCGUCGGCGUGGUUCUGCGGGCGGCUGGGCGUGCUGUCGCGGCGGCGCGGCAGCGGCGCACGCGUGCUGGCGUGCCUGGCGCCGUUGCUGGGCGCCGCCUGCAUCGCGCUGUCCCGCAGCUGCGACUACCACCACCACUGGCAAGAUAUCCUAGUGGGGUCAGUGCUGGGUUACACAGUGGGCGUGUUCUGCUAUAGACAGUACUACAACCCUCUAAGCUCGGACCUCGCCGGCGUCCCCUACGUGGUCAGCAACGCCGCCAUUGCCAAGUACGUCAACGGAAAGCCAGAUGUAAGUCCAGUGAAAGCGGAGAGCAAGGAGGGCGGGGCUGAGCCCCUUCUCUUGCGCAAAGAAGACAAGUGGAUAUAGGAUUAAAAAAACAACCGGAAUUCUAGGAAAAAAAUGCAGGUCAAAAUUACAAUUUUGAUUAUUAAAAUUACAGUUGUAAUUACUAAUUACUAAAGUUAAAAUUGCCAGAAUUACAGUUGUGAUUAACAAAAUCGCAACCGUGAUUGCCAGUAAUUCAAUUUUGAAAAUCAAAGAUGUUAUUGCUAGAAUUACAGUCGCGAUUAACUGAAUUACAGAAGUGAUUUCCAGAUAUACCAUUGCGAUUGCCAAAAUUACAAUUGUGAUUACCAAAUAUUUAAAAAAAUAAAAUUACUACAAGUAUUUUGACCAGAAUCCUAUGGGUACACAAUUUAGGUUUAAUAAUAACUCGCAUUUUAUUAACCUCCAGAAAAGUAAAUUAAAUAAAAUUACAAUUGUAAUUUAUUAAAAAUAGGUACAGUGUAAUUUAUUAGCAAAUUGAAUUAAAUGAGUACUUAGUACUUUAACUUUAAAACAAAAUGGAAAUAUCCUAGAAAAUCAACAACCAGUGCAAAUAUUUUUAUUUUAUUUAUUUAAUUUAAAAAAAGAACAUGGCGCAGUCUUUAAAUAAAAUAAAAUUAAAUUUGUUACCGCAUCAAUGUCUUAGCUAAUAUUUUAAAUUUUUAUUACUAGAUUCAAUUGCAACUACCGUAUAAUUAUUUAUUUAUUUUAUAACUAAAUUCCUUAUAAAUGUGUUGAUGAAUCAAAAUUUAAUUUAUGUAAUCAUAAGUAUUAUUAUAAUACCAUAAUAUAAUGUGUUCGACCAUUUCAUGAAAUAUGACCAUAUUUCAUGAAACAGCCAAUUUAAUACGGCGCCCGAUACGAAUUCGUACGGGGCGGAGAGUUACCAAUCUAGUGUUAUUGUUUACUCUAUGGGUGAUAUUAAUAAACUAAUCUCAGUUGAGACUGCCCUCAAAACCAUCCUCAAAUCCCUGUUUUAUAUGAGAACUGUCACAUUGAUCCGGCUUAGGGACGGUACUGAAAAGUAUAGGCGUCCGAAGGACGUAAUAUACGAUCCCGACGAUCUGAUUACUCCAUAGAGGCGGCCAAUCAGCUCGCGACAUCAAACACUUCAGAACCCCGAUACCGACCCCGCCGGCGUGGUCGACGAUUUCCCUCAUUCAGCGCUUAUCACUAUCGACCCACUAGGGUCGAUUAAUCCUUUCAAAUAUUCUUCCUCUCAGACGACGCCCUGAGCCGAGGAUCGCGCCCAAUUAGCACCCUCAGGCCUGUUGUCUUAAACGUUGUACCGGGUGAGAGCCUUCAGCGCUCCCCAUUUGUCCGGCCAAGUAGUUAAUGCCAUCUGCGGCAAAUCUACAAUAAGUCACGUCAAAAAAAAGAGCAGUCUCGGAGCUGAGGUUGGUUUAUUAAUACAACCCUACGUUAUUAUUUAUUACACUACUUGAUUGCGUAGGUUGUAUUUUUUUUACUAUAACAUUGCAGUGUGAUGGAAAUGUUACCAGAAUUUAUAACUAAAAGGGUUUUAUUUUUUAUUUUAAAAACUUAUUUUUAUUUUUUUAUUAUUAUGUAAUUUAUUUAUUAUAAUAAAAAGGUACUGACAUAAUAAUUGAAAAAAAAAUUGUUCCUUGUUAUAUUUUAUUUAGUUUAUUUGUUAGAGAGCUACUUUUAUUAUUUUUUACGCCAUUUUUAGGGUUCUAUAGUCAAGUAGGUAUAUGCCGAGAAGCAGGCUGAUUCUGAAUAAAAAUAUAAUUAAAAAAACAGGGGGGUUAAAAAGGUCGAAGCAAUUCAUCUACAAAACCAAUAUUGCUAUUUGUCAUUUGUUUGAAUUACGCAUUUUUAUAUCAAAAAUAAAAAAAAUAUAUCAAAAGAGUUUUAUUGCAAUUGUACGGUCCAAAAAAUUAUUUAUAAAAAAAAUAUUUAUUUAUUUAAAAUGCGCAAAUGUCAAAUUGCAAUACUGCUUUUUCAGAUGAAUGAGGGGCUUUCCAGUUUUAACGUGAUAAUUACCUAUUUUCUCAUUACUCGGAUACAUAAUUAUCCCAAAAUACAAUGGCCCCGAUUCCUGCAGACAUCUCUUAAUUUUACUUUAAGUUAUACCUGUCAUUUUCUUAUCCGCCGAAAAGAAAGGGACGGAUGAUUGACAGCUCUUAAUUUUAGGAAGAAUGAGUAAAUAAAUGAAUAACCCGGGCGAAUUUUUAGACGGUUGUUUUAGAUUUGUGCUUAAAAUUGACGUGUGUUCCAUAAAUUUUAUGCUUGUCGAUUACCCGUCCCUUUCCUUUUCGGCGGAUAAGAAAAUGACAGAUAUAACUUAAAAUAAAAUUAGAUGGUGUUUACAGGAAUUAGCACCAAUGCAUAUAUAAAAAUAAUUGUUGCUUGAUAUUUGGAUCAUAUUACGUAUAGAAUUAUGUUGUUAGCUAUGUUGCUUCUCUUUAUUUUGACCAUAAUAAUUAUGGAUGGAAGACGUAAUUGUGCCUGGGUGUAAUAAAAAGGGUCAUCAUUUAUACCCAAAAAUAACGAUGAAAGAUGCAAAAGUUUAGCGUGAAAAACAUCAUCCCAUUUUUCACAGGGUCCGCUUACCUAAACUGAGGAUUUGACAGUUUUUACAGAAGCAACUGCCUGCCUGACCUUCCAAUCCGCGAAGGGAAAACCAGCUCAAUACAGGGCCUAAUAUUUAGCGUUAAAAAAUAGCGUGAAUUUUUAAAAUGUUUAUUUUUUUCAGGGGUCUAACAAAAUAUUGAAAAACAAAAAUGAAAGGUUGAAACAAAAUGUGUGAAUAGCCCGCAAUGGCUACGGCACCCUGUCACGAGUGUGGUCGGCACACUCUUGACUGCUUUUUUAUUUUUAUUUAUCUAGUAGAAGGUAUUUAAUAUUUUAUUUAAGUUUUUUUUAUGUUGGAUAUUAUUUUUAAAUAUUAAAGAGAGUUAUAUAUUUUUUGUGAUAAAUAAGUAGGUACUUAAUAAUUUUCAUAAUAAAAUUGUGAAAAACUUUUGUUACCAUUAAUGCAAGUAUAACUCUUGCGCAAUAGCACGGUGUGAAUGACAGCUGUCAGAAGAGUACAUUUUCUUGUUUUGUCUCUUUUGCACUAGCACCCAUACAAAAAUCUCAUUGUUACCUUGUGCUAACUCAUAAGUGCGAGGGAGACAGAUGGUUCGCACGCGCUCCUUUACUCUUUAGCGGCUUACGGUUUUACACUAAAGUAAGACCCAGAGGGGGUGAGGUAAGCGCUCGAUACAAAUUGGUGCAGGGCGGGGUUACCGUUCUACGUAGUAUUAUUUUUUAUAGGGAUGUGUAUCCGGUAUAAUAAUAUGAAAUUUCGGAUACGAAUUUAAGAAUGAUUAUUAUACCGGAUACGGUUACGGAUAAUAAAUUAUUUCGGAUUAUCCGUUAGUUUCGGAUAAUUUCGGUUACGGAUAUUAAAUUAAAUAUUUUAUUUAUAACGACAAGUUAUAUAAUAUACAGGGUGUUAGUGACAUUGUAACGGAAACUUUGAGGGAUGAUUCAGGCCAUGAUUCUGAGUUGAUAUCAAGUGGAAUUUUCCGUCGCAAAACAAAAAUUUUCAUGAAUUUUCCGACAGGUAAUUCCACUUAAUAUCAACUCAGAAUCAUGGUCCCCCUCAGUAUUCGUUACGGUGUCAUUAACACCCGUACCUACUUGUAUGGCUACCUGUAUGUACUGGUACGGGGUGUAAGUGACAUCGUAACGUAUUCGUAACGUAUCGUGUGUACGUUUAUAUCGGAUAUCCGAUAGUUUCGGUUACGGUUACGGAGCUCCCUAACAUCCCUGAUUUUUUAUUCUAUGGCACUAGGUUGUACUCUUUCUGUCCUGCUCAUACGCACCAUGUUAGAGCGCAAGAACUAUAGUUAAUAUAGUUAUGGGCUGUGUAAAAAAAUAGUGAAAAUAUAAUGGUGAUUUUUUUUAUACAAAUGCCUUCAGGAAUAGAAGUUUGCGAGGACGGAGUUCAUUUAAUAGUGUAAUUAUAAUUUUAUAAAAUAUUGGUAGCUGCUCAUUUUGACAGACAUUAAACUAUUUUUAAUUUAGAUUUUAAGGUUUUUUUUUGUUGACAUAAAUUGCAAUAGUGCAAUGGACCUUAUUGUAAGCUCAGAACUAGGGAAUGCAAUCCUGACUCGAGAUCUCAAAUUCGAGAUCCCGCGGGAUUGGAAAUCAAUCUCGCGAAAUCCCGAAAUUUUCGGGUAAGUGACCGCGCGUCACACCCAAAUGGGUUUAUCCGUGAA